CGCAUGCGUCACAUGCUCCGCCUGCAUUUGCUUGCCUGAAAUUUCAGAUUGCUUUGGCAGGAUACAUUGAUACCAGUCAGAACGAGGGCCAAAAGCAAAGCCAAGACCAUGGUGCUGAAUCCAGUCAUCAACAAGUUGGCUGGGAAACUGGUGGUCCUUGCCAGUGCAUCUCCAAGAAGACUGGAGAUCCUGACGAAUGUGGGGCUACGGUUCGAAGUGGUGCCAUCGUGGUUCAAGGAGACUCUGGACAAGGCGAUGUUCAAGGACCCACAUGACUACGCUGUGGAGACAGCCAAGCAGAAGGCCCUAGAGGUGGCGAUGAGGAUGCCAUAUAAACAUCUGAAAACUCCUGACAUUGUCAUAGGAGCAGACACUGUUGUGACUGUGGAGGGGCAAAUUCUGGAGAAGCCACAGGACAAGCAGGAUGCAUACAGGAUGUUGUCCAGCCUGAGUGGGAAAGAGCACAGUGUCUUCACAGGAGUCGCUAUCGUACUCUGCCAGGAGAAAGAAGACAAAGAGGUGGACUACAGGGUGGUGGACUUCUUUGAGGAGACCAAGGUGAAGUUUGCAGACCUGUCGGAGGACAUGCUAUGGGAGUACAUCAACAGUGGGGAGCCCAUGGAUAAGGCUGGUGGUUAUGGUAUCCAGGCGCUGGGCGGCAUGCUGGUGGAAUAUGUGCAUGGGGACUUCCUCAACGUAGUGGGGUUCCCACUCAACCACUUCUGCAAGGUGCUGGACACCCUCUACAACACCCCGCCUGACAGCCCCACUGACGAGCAGGGUAAGCUCCAGAGGGAGGACUCUGACGAGACCUGGCCGCUGGUCAACAGCCUGUCCAAGUGCGCCGAGAACGGGGAGCUGGAGCCCCUGGAGAAGGGGCAGGGGGAUAGCGAGGUGGCGUCUGUGGACGCUGGAGGGGAGGAGGAGGACGCCACCUCUGUAGGCGGAGCCAGUGGCGGGAGUGGCACAGGGGUACAGGUCCAGGAGCAGAACGUGAUUGGGCCGGAGGAGGCUGCGUCUGUGUCCGGGUCUGCCUGCAGCUGUAACAGAGAGGAUUUCCCCCACAGGAUAGUGGACAUCAUGGACGGCUUCAAGGCCUCUAAGGCCCUGUUCACGGCGUGCAAGCUGAACGUGUUUGACGUGCUGAGCGAGGGGACGGAGCUCUCGGCGGCGGAGGUGUCCCGCAGGAUCAAGGCCUCGGAGGAGGGCUCCACGCGCCUCCUGGACGCCUGCGUCUCCCUGGGCUUACUAGAGAGGAGGACACAGGAGGAGGACGGAGGACUUGUGUACAGCAACACAGAGGAGGCCAGUCGGUUCCUGGUGGCGGGCGGGCCGCUGUCCCUGCACGGCUACGUGCUGCACUGCAACGAGCUGGUGUGGCCCCUCUUCACCCAUCUGGAGUCGGCCGUGCGAGAGGGCGCCAACCAGUACGAGCGAGCCUUCGGGAAGAAGUCCGUGGACCUGUUCCAGGAUUCGGUCUUCAAGAAAGAGGAAGUGAAGUUGAGGUUUAUGAAUGCCAUGCACAGUAUCGCAAAAGUCACUGCCAAAGACUUGGCCACGGCGUUUGAUCUCUCCAUGUUUAAAACGGCGUGCGAUGUUGGAGGAUGCACCGGGGCAAUGGCCUAUGAGUUUGCCCAAGUUUAUCCCGAAAUGUCUAUAACAGUCUUGGACUUGCCACAAGUCAUCACCAUGUGCAGUCGCUUCCAACCCAAAGAACCAAACGACAGAGUAGCAUUUGUUGCUGGGGACUUCUUUAAAGACCCAUUGCCCAAGGCAGAACUGUACAUUUUUGCAAGAAUUCUCCACGACUGGUCCCUUGAGAAAGUCCACCUGCUGCUAGACAAGCUAUCUAAGGAGUGUGCUACAGGCAGCGGAGUGCUGGUGUGCGAGAUCCUCCUGGGCGAGGAGCGCCGGGGCCCCAGUCGCGCCUUCCUGCAGGCCCUCAGCAUGACAGAGGGGUCGCAGCGGAGCGCCUCUCAGUACACACUGCUGCUGGGCCAGCACGGCUUCAUCCAGACCCAGCUCAAGCACACCGGCAACCUGCUAGACGCCAUACUCUUCCUCAAGGAGUGAUGAGGAGGAGGAGGAGGAGACUGCUUACUGAUAUAGAACACUAAGAUGUUGCAUUCUGCCUGUUGGCAUGGUCAGCCUUGGGUGCCGCUGUCAGUGUUGCCAGAUGUGUCUGACCAAAUCCCGCCCAAAAGGUUCUCAAAAACCGCCAAAAUGCGCUAAAUUCCGCCCAAAUUCAACAAAUUACAUUGACUUCUAUGGGCCCAAAACGGCUUAAAAAACCGCCAAAUGGCCAAUUUUUCCUGUUUUUGCCCGCCAACGCUCAUCCCAAGUAGCACCCGCCCAAUCUGGCAACACUGGCCGCUGUCCACAGAUAUGAGCACUAGAUGCCGUGUUUAGCCUUUUGCCGUGGCCCACCCCUGUGCACUACCAUCUUCAGCUGGUAUCCUGACGUUCUUCAUAGAUGUUACCGCCACCUACAGGAUAUUGUGCGUAUUGUCUUUUCACCGAUUGAUGGCAGCAAUUUACGGCCAAGAAUGGUGGAGGUCAGCCUUGACUUCAACCAUUCAUUGAAAUACAAAAAGGAGUGGUCAACACGGCGUCUAGUGUUCAUCAUCUAUGGCCGCUGUCUUGGUUAGUGUUUCGUAUGUUUUUCACACUAUCAAAAAAAGAUGUUGUUUUACCGCCACCUAUGGGACAAUAUGCGAAUCCCUUUGUUGCCAAUUGAUGUUAAUUCAGGUAGCCCUAGUAUAAAAGUGGCGGUGACCAAAUUGACUGUUCAUUCCAAUAGGCAGGGGUAGUAACCAUCCAGUGUUGUAUAUCUAUGAGCAAUGAAGAAGAUGAGAAGGAGGAUGACGAUGUUGCUGAGGAGGAGGAGCCUUCUUUUGCUUACCUUUACCACACCACUCAAGCAAAACAACUCUGGUGUCCCCCUAACUGAGCCCAGUGAUUAACAACGAUCUUGUUGAUGGAUUGUUGUUGUUUUUUGUUGUUGUUUGAAAACACUACAUGUCGAUUCAUGUUGUUUUUUUUCUUUUUGUAAACAAUUUGUAAAUAAUUGUACUAAUUUAUCACUGACAAAAGAUAAAAUAAAUAUAUUUUUAAUUCUCAGA